GCCAUGGCUGCCGUGUCCGGAUAAGGCUUCGUCACUGCUCGUGGGACUCACUGGAUUCCCACCACUCCAGCUUAUCUUAUUUCCAUCUCUUAUAAAUCCAUCUGCAAGGAAUCAGGCCCUCUUCAUCUGCCUAAAGAAGACGGAGAAAGAUGGAGUUGGGAGCGACACCGAUGACUGCUUUCUUAAUCCUCGUCUGCUUGAGCGCUUUACUCAGAGGAGAGGGUGGUGGCUUGAAACUGAAUUACUACUCCAAGAGCUGCCCCCGGGCCGAGGAGAUCGUCAAGCGCGAGGUUGUGAAGCUCUACAACGAGCAUGGCAACACAGCCGUCUCCUGGGUCAGGAAUCUCUUCCAUGACUGCAUGGUCGAGUCUUGCGAUGCGUCGCUUUUGCUGGAAACGACCGACUCAUUGAUCUCGGAGCAGUCGGCCGACCGGAGCUUCGGGAUGAGGAACUUUAAGUACGUCGCCCCCAUCAAGGAGGCGCUCGAGAAGGAAUGCCCCGCCACCGUCUCCUGUGCAGAUAUCAUCGCUCUCUCUGCAAGAGAAGGUGUCGUCAUGCUGGGAGGACCAUUCAUUCCGAUGAGGACCGGCAGACGAGAUAGCAAGGAAAGCCACGCCGACGUGAUAGACAAGGACAUCCCCAACCACAACGACUCCAUCUCCCUCGUGCUCUCUCGGUUCAGAUCCAUAGGAAUCGAUGCAGAACGAACAGUGGCUCUUUUAGGAGCUCACUCCGUCGGCCGAGUGCACUGUGUCAACCUCGUGGGACGACUCUACCCCACCGUCGACCCGACCAUCGACCCCGAGUACGCCAAGUACCUGCUCGGCCGAUGCCCGUCUCCGAACCCGGACCCGGAGGCGGUGCUGUACUCGAGGAACGACCGGGAGACGCCGAUGAUCAUCGACAACGUGUACUACAAGAACCUGCUACACCACAAGGGGCUGCUCAAGGUGGACCAGCAGCUGGUCUCCUACCCGUCCACCGCCCAGUUUGUGAAGUUGAUGGCGGCUGAUAACAGCUACUUCUACGACCAGUUCUCCAAGGCGCUGCUGCUGCUGUCGGAGAACAAUCCGCUGACGGGGAACAAAGGCGAGGUCAGAAAGGAUUGCCGGUACGUCAACGCGGGGUAAGCGGAGGAACGUUCGCUCUUCCUCUGGGAUCGGCCACUAGUCUACAUAAGAUCACCGACAACCUGUAUCGAAACAGACGUGAAGUGUGUAUCUGUAGCAACAAUAAGCACAAUGAUGUUUGAUGUGCAAGUCGAGUGUGAAGUGUAUCUUUUGAGUAAAAAGACAUGAAGCUGGAUUUGGACUAA